CCUGCAGGGUUGAAAUAUGCUACUCUCUUUGUUUACUGUUGUGCUAUCGUCAGAUAAUAGCUUCUUAUACGUUUGCCGAAAAGCCUUUUUUAAAUCUGACAUUGGCCUUAUUCACAACGAGUGUAGCUUUAAUUUAGUAUCUUACAUGUGUGAUUUAAUGAAAGUUUGAUUUUUAUAUCAUUUUAUUUGAAUUUGCCGCGCUGCAUUUUCCCUGGCUUUCGGCCAAGUGGGACGCUAGCGUCCCCUAUCCUAGAGGUUUUAACUAGUGAUUAUGGGAAGGUUUAAACUUUUUUUCUUCUUUUUUUUAAAGAUACAUUUAACUUGCGAUACUAACGAUAUAUCAGGAUAAGUAUCAUCAACAACCGCUGAAUAGCAUAGCACUACAUUCAAUAAAUAUUACUACAAAUAUUUAUAUUCAUGAAAUCACAAGUGCAAUAUAGGAAAACACAGAUUAGCCUUUUGUUAAUCCACCUGUCGUGUCAGAUUUUGAAAUGAUGCUUUUCAGUGAAAGCAAUCCAAGCAUUUGUGUAAAUGUAUCGAUCCCACUACAAAACAUUAAGUACACUUAGCAUCAGGAAGCUUGGUCACAAAUCAGAAAAGCAAUCAAAUUAAUAAUUUACCUUUGAUCUUUGGAUGUUUUCACUCACGAGACUCCCAGUUACACAACAAAUGUUCCGUUUGACCCAUAAAGAUUUUUAUAUCCAAAAUACCUCCGUUUGUUUGUCGCGUUAUGUUCAGAAAUCCACAGGAAAGAGCGGACACGACAACGCAGACGAAAAUUCCAAAUAGCUUCCAUAAUGUCCACAGAAACAUGAAAGUUUUUUUUAUAAUCAAAGGUUGUUUUUAAAAUAUAUAAUCCAUAAUAUAUCAACCGCAAAUGUCUUUCACAGUAGUAGAGGGAAAAGCAAUACCUAUCCAACGUUUUGCUCGCGCAACUAAAUUAUGUGACCACUUGACUCAACGUUAUCGUUCUGGCUCAUUUUUCAAAAAUUAAAGCCUGAAACUAUGUCUGAAGACUGACACCUAGGAAAAUCUGGUUCAUAUCCCUUUAAAUCCAGAAGGGAGGCUAUGGAACAUGAAGUUUUCAAAAUAGAAACCACUUCCUGUUUUGAUUUUCCUCAGGGUUUUGCCUGCAAUAUCAGUUCUGUUAUACUGACAGACAAUAUUUUGACAGUUUUGGAAACUUUAGUGUUUUCUAUCCAAUAAUAAUAUGCAUAUAUUAGCAACUGAGACUGAGGAGCUGGCUGUUUACAAUGGGCACCUUUUCAUCCAAGCUACUCAAUACUGCCCCUGCAGCCAUAAAAAGUUAAUUCUAGCUAGCAACUUACCGUGUCUCCUUGCAGCCACAAGGUCCCUUUGAUGCUGCACUCACGUAACAGGUAGUCAGCCUGCCACACAGUCUCCUUGUGGAUUGCAACGUAAUCGGCGUCCAAAAAGGCAGAUUACUGAUUAUGAAAACUUGAAAUCGGCCCUAAUUAAUCGGCCAUGCAAAUGAAUCGUUCAACCUUUAUUCUAGUGUGUUUGUGCUCCACAGAUCAGAGGACAUUGCCUUUCCCCCACUCUAAAGUAACAUUAAUGUUGUGGAACUAAAUCCGGAAGUGUAUUUCCCCAAAACGGCGCAGAUGCUGUGUGAUGAAAUGUUUAGUGGUGUAAAGUACUUAAGUAAAAAUACUUUAUAGUAUUUUACUAUUUCUAUUAUUGACAACUUUUACUUCACUACGUUUCUAAAGAAAAUGAUGUACUUUUUACGCCAUACAUUUUCAAUGACACCCAAAAGUACUUUGAAUACUUAGCAGGACAGAAAUGGUUCAAUUCAUGCACAUCCCUGGUCAUCUCUACUGCCUCUGAUCUGGCGGACUCAUUAAACACAAAUGCUUUGUUUCUAAGUGUUGGAGUGUGCCUCUGGCUCUCUGUAAAUUUAAAAAAUAUGAACAAUCGUACUAUCUGGUUUGCUUAAAAUAAUAUUAUUUACUUUUGAUACUUUAGUAUAUUUAAAACCCAAUAGUUUAUACUUUUACUGAAUUAGUGUUUUACUGGGUGACUUUUACUUUACUCCUAUUAAGUUAUACUUGAGUACAAGUAAAGAUGACAAUUGGGUACUUUUUCCACCACUAGAAAUGUCCAAUUGUUUGUAAUACCACCUCUGUAUGUCCACUACAUACCAUACACAAUGGCCCACUGGAACAUGAGUAAUUAUUCUGUAAUCUAUUUUUAGUUUUUAUCCAGGCUUUAUGUCCAAUUCCAAUUAUUUCCCUUGACAUUAAGGUCAUUUCCUUUCUGACUUCACAGGCUGAUAUUUUCCCCUUCUUUAGCUUAUAGUGCCAGGCUUCUACUGCAAGUGAGAUGUUUUUAUUUAAAUUUAAUUGAACCUUUAUUUAACUAGGCAAGUCAGUUAAGAACAACUUAUUUACAAUGAUGGCCUAGGAACAGGGGGUUAAUUGCGUUGUUCAGGGGCAGAAUGACAGAUUUUUACCUUGUCAGCUCAUGGAUUUGAUCUUGCAACCUUUCGUUUACUGGCCCAAUGCUCUAACCACUAGGCUACCUGCUGCACCAAAAUGUUAGCUUCCCUGCAAUCACUUACAAUACCCUCUUAUGUUGUGCUGGAAGAUUUAUCGGUUUAUUUAACUUGCACACAAUGCAGCCCAUAUCUUGAAUAUUUCCCAGCAAACUUAAAGCUGAAAUAUGUACCUUUUUGGGCAACUGACCAAAUUCUCAUAGAAAUGUGAGUUAUAGAUUGGUCAUUCUCAUUGAAAGUAUAUCUAAGAGGUGUCUGUUCUAUGUGCUCUAUUUCUAUGCUUCCAGUUCUUAGGUUUCCUUUUUGUGUCUUUUACUUUUGGUUUUGUACACUAGCUUCAAACAGCUGAAAAUACAAUAUUUUGGGUUAGUGAAAAUAUAUUUCAGUGGUUUAGAUGGUGCAAUGAUUCUCUACCCUAUGCAUUGCUUGUUUUGUCACAUAAACUGAAAUAAGACAAACUUUUUAGAAUUUUAGCAACCAGCUAUCAUAAACCAUAAUUUAUUGGCAUGGGAAUUUUUGGGAUUUACAUUUUUUUAAAUAUAUUCUAUAGUAUACCUGCAUAGAAAAGGUGACAUACUGUGCAUGCAGUAUAUAUUUUUUAUACAUUUUUUUUAAAUGGAGUUGUGGGACUUGAAAGACAGUACAUGCUCUUGUGAACUAACAGUGAAGUACUGCUGUGUUCUGUUGAAACUUUUCAGACAUAGUGUUCAACAUCAGACAUAAUGAUCCCCAGAGUUGUUCGGGGGAAAAAAAACAUUGUUUUGCGGAUCUCCCUGUUACAAUUUUGAUCUGAAUCAGUUAUCCUUUUUUCUUUUAAUUGAUACAGACGAGUAUGCUUUACCUGUGGAUUGAGUUUAGCAAAAAAUCCUUUAAAAAUAAAUAAGGAGCUAGGUCGAUCGAUCAUCAAUCUGUAUCUGCAGUUGUGUCUGAAAAAUAGUCAAGGCUGAACCGAGAGGACGAUGUAGAACGGGCACUAUUACAGAUAUAUUAGGUGCCAAGGGAUGGCGUUCAGCCACCACAGGUCUGUCCGGCAAGAAGUCCAAGAUAUCUUCAGACAAGGUUUAUUCAGAUAAUGGUUCGCUACACCACGCUCCUCUGUAUUGAUGGCUCACAGUAAAAGUGAGUGUGUGUAUAAGUGGUUAUAUUGAAAAUAAUAGAAAGGAAUAACCAUGAUUAUAGGCUUACAUACAAUAUACAGGCCCAGUAAACUGCAGAGGUAUAAACUAAAUAUACAAAACAGACAGAAUGACCAGGUGAAUCCAGAUGAAAUCUAUGAUCCCUUAUUGAUGUCACUUGUUAAAUCCACUUCAAUCAAUGUAGAUGAAGGGUAGGAGACCGGUUAAAGAAGGAUUUUUAAGCCUUGAAACAAUUGUGCCAUUCAGAGGGUGAAUGGGCAAGACAAAAUAUUUAAGUGCCUUUGAAUGGCAUUUUGACACAAACCAGCUGCACUGCUGCUGAGUUUAUUAUUCUCAAGUUUCCUGUGUGUAUCAAGUAUGGUCCACCACCCAAAGGGCAUCCAGCCAACUUGUCUCAACUGUGAGAAGCAUUUGAGUCAACAUGGGCCAGCAUCCCUGAGGAACCUUGAAGAGUCCAUGCCCUGAUGAAAUAAGGCUGUUCUGAAGACAAAAGGCGGGGUGCAACACAAUAUGUCUGCUGCAGAGGAACAAGAGAGCCAUUUGAAAACAGUUCCUCCUCCCGUCAACGUGAGCCUCAUCUGCCACAAUUUUCACAAUGUGAUCUAUUGGAACUACAGUGAACCAUCUCUGCAGCCACAGUUCAAUGUGGAAAUGACAAGAAAAUAUUCUGGUGCUGCCUUGGUUUGUUCAAACACUUCCCUCUACCACUGCGAUGUCUCCUCAUUUACCAAAGUAAUAGAAGAGGGCUACCGUUUCAUAUUGACUGCUGUUGGACAGAAUACCAAUUCCUCCGAAAUUUCAUUCACCUACGAUGAUACAAUGUAUCCAGACCUGGUGGAUGUACAGUGCUCAUUGGAUUUCCCACCUGUCAACAUCUCUGCUGUAUCUGAUCAAAUGAUCAAAGUUCAAUUCAUUCACCCGUUUCACAUCUACAAAUAUGCCAUCAUCAAAAAUGAAAGACCGGAUCAUAAGGAAUUUGAUUACAUGGUUGUCGCAGAAGAUCACUUGAAACAACACAGCUUUGCCUGCUCUUACAAGCAACACCAUGUGUGUGAGGCUGAAAUACCAGUCGAUGGAAAGAUGGAUAGGCACUGCAUCAAGAUGAAAGGAAAAAUGAACAAUGUUCAUGUCUCAGCUCACCAGAACAUAUGCAUUGAGGGGAAGCAUGGGGAUUCUGGUCCUAGCUACACUGCCCUCUACAUUGUGAUCCCUAUCGUUGCCAUAGUGGUGAUUGCGUUCAUCGUGUGGCUGAUAUACAGUAAACUGACAAGCCGCUCAUUCCCUCAACCAAAGAUUUUGGCUUCCAUACUGUCACACAUGGGUUCAGUUAGGUCACUUAUGCUCCCUGAGAGAGCCAUCCUGAGUGAGGUACAAACAGGUGGCUCCCCCCUGCUGCAGACCCCCAUGGAAUCUUUGCCAGAUGAGACCCUCACAGUCUUCAGUACCCCCCAGGAAGAGGUCCUCCACCUCCCCAUUGGACUGAAGGACCAGGAGUGGAGCGGUGGGGAGGUCAUGUUGCCUAACGAGGGGUCAGGCUCUUCACUGCAGGUAAUGAGAGAGUUGGGACUGGAGGUGAAGAGUGACUUAUCUGAGCUGUCGGACUAUGACUGCCCCCAUAGACCUGUGAUUAUUCCUGUGAUAGAGGAGAUGAGUCCUGGGGACAAUGUUACAGGAUACAAAAUCUGAGUUUCUCAAGAAAAAGGAUGAUAAUAUUUUAUACAUGUAUUUAAACAGGGAAAUCCCAUUUGAGACCAUUGUGCCAUUUUACAAGGGCGCCCUCCACGCAAUCAUACAUAUGUACAAUUCCAACACUUUACAAACACUAUUUACAAGCAAUUUAAGACAAGUAACAUACAAAACACAAUCAUGAAAAACAAACACAUUUGUCUUUGCACAUGCUCAGCUACCAAUCAUUUCCCUGUUCCUCUCACUAUUUAGAUAGUCUAUGGUGGAGAUAAAGAGGGUAAUCAAAGGGAUGACCUUCAUUAUGGUUUUUCGAAUUCAUCACUUGGGACUGUUGCCUACUAAUCAGGGGAACCAGGUAUAGACAAUGUGAAACCCAAGUGGUACACAGUGGUAUUGCAUGUUCAGAACAAGUUUAAAAAAUGUCCUCAUUCCUGACCUGCAUGCCCCGUUGUAAUGAUGAAUUUCAUUAGGCCAAAUUUAAGACUGUUCCUAUAGCAUCUUUGUACAAAAAAAGCAAGUUCCUUUUAUCCAGAUAUUAUUUUACUGUGCAUUAUUGAGUGACAUUAAUGUUUUCUAAGGUAGCAAGGGAAUAUAAGGGUUGGGAGAGCAGAAUGAAUAUAUUCAUUAGGUUAUUGUCUUUUUUGUCUUGUGCUGUGUAUAUUUGUUCUAUUUGCACUUUUACAUGGCUCUCAUGCAUGUUCUAAAAUAUUAUUAGGAACAUGUCCUAUUAUAUUCCGAUGAACACAUUAUACCAAUGCAAGGGGAUUGCUAUGGUGGGGAUGAUUUCUGUUGUUGCUGUAAUUUCUGAUGCCUUGCUUAGAUUACGAUAUUGAAUUCAUCUUACUAUCCAAAUGCAUUGUAUGCAGCCAUGGUUAGAUCGUUGGGCUGGUAAUCGAAAGGUCAGCUCGGAUAUUCGAGCCAGUAACAAGAUGAAAAUCUGUCGUUCUGCCCCUGAGUAAGGCAGUUAACCCACCUUUCCCCGGGUGCUGAAGACAUGGAUGUCGAUUAUGGCAGUCCUCUGCACCUCCCUGAUUCAGAGGGUUUGGGUUAAAUGCUUUAGACACAUUUCAGAUGAAUCCAUUCAGUUGUACUAUUGACUAGGUAUCCCCCCCUUUCCUCUACAGUUGUAUCCCAUUUAACGACGAGAAAGCAGAAGAAAACCUGGACAAUAUGCAUACUUUCUUCGUGAAACACCAUUUUCCACCUCCAUGAUCAAGUGGAGGUGGAAUCUACUUCCUGAUGUUGCACCCCGCGUUUAGCCUGGGGUAAACAACAGACUGCUGCAACCUGAUUGGCUGAACGUGAUACGCAACAUCCGGGACUAACAUUUAGCCACUAUCAUGGUGGUGGAAAAUUGUUUCUUGAGGAAAACAUGCAUAGUUUUCCUGUUUUUAUCCGCCUUCUCGCCAAUAAAUUAAGGAGGAAAUCGAAGCCUUUGCAGCCUGAAUGGAGAACGUUUUAGGUACGAACCUGUCCACAGGGGAUACAAGUAUAUUGCCAGCUGCAUUUGGGCGGUAAGAUUAACUCAAUAUCGCCAUCUGUGGUCUUUAGGUUACCUCAUACCUAAUCAUUUUGUUUUUUAUUGUGCACAUCUGCAUAUUGUAUUUUUCAUAUAGCUGCAAUUAUCUUAUUUUAUAAAUAAUAAGGCUGUUUUUAAAAUAUUCUUUUCUCCUAUCAUUUCACCAAUAUACAAUAAAUAAACUUGGCAAAAAAAGAAACGUCCCUUUUUCAGGACCGUCUUUCAAAGAUAUUUAGUAAAAAUCCCAAAAACUUCACAGAUCUUCAUUGUAGAGGGUUUAAACACAGUUUCCCAUGCUUGUUCAAUGAACCAUAAACAAUUAAUAAACAUGCACCUGUGGAACGGUCGUUAAGACACUAACAACUUACAGACUGUAGGCAAUUAAGGUCACAGUUAUGAAAACUUAGGACACUAAAGUGGCCUUUCUACUGACUUUCUACUGAAAAACGACAAAAGAAAGAUUCCCAGGGUCCCUGCUCAUUUGCGUGAACGUGCCUUAGGCAUGCUGCAAGGAGGCAUGAUGACUGCAGAUGUGGCCAGGGCAAUAAAUUGCAAUGUCUGUACUAGAGGUUGACCAAUUUUAAUCGGAAUGGCUGAUUUUUAAUUAGGGCCGAUUUCAAGUUUUCAUAACAAUCGGUAAACGUCAUUUUUGGACACCGAUUGUGGCCGAUUACAUUGCACCCCACGAGGAGACUGCAUGGCAGGCUCACUACCUGUUAUGCGAGUGCAGCAAGAAGCCAAGGUAAGUUGCUAGCUAGCAUUAAACUUAUCUUAUA